GCGGACUCUUUUAAACCCCUCCUCAUACACCGACUUCACCUCGUCCUGAAAAACCCAAAACCCUAAAAAAGUCCAGACACAACAGAAAACAAUCAAACAAACAAACUCUCUCUCUCUCUCUCUCUCUCUCUCUCUCUCUCUCUCUACCGAUCAUGAGCAUGAUGCUGGUGAGUCGAAGAUACGUGGCGAAAUCCAUGGUGGGCGUUGCAGGAGGCACAAUACGCCUCUUCUCCAGCGCAACAACUACUGCUUGUAGCGGCACCGGAGCAGCAGCAGCAGCCGCCAAACAGUCUACGAGGAUGGGUGUUCCUACGUGGACGAAAAGCGGCGCCAUUUACUGGGUUCAGAUGGAUUGUGGGACCAGGAGUACCGGCACCGUGGCCCUGGGUGGCAAGGACGACUACGAGGAAGAGAAGAAACAGCAUGCAGCAGAUCAUGGCUCCAAGCCUUCCGUUGAUAACGGUUCUGGCAAUAAGGAUGAGAAAGGGAUCGCCAGUUAUUGGGGCGUGGGGCCCACCAAGCUUACCAAGGAAGAUGGCACCCAAUGGAAAUGGACUUGCUUUAGACCAUGGGAGACGUACAAAGCCGACGUCUCCAUAGAUCUGAAUAAGCAUCACGUGCCAACGACUUUCUUGGACAAAAUGGCUUACUGGACCGUCAAGUCUCUCCGAUGGCCUACUGAUCUUUUCUUCCAGAGACGGUAUGGGUGCCGAGCAAUGAUGCUGGAAACUGUGGCAGCAGUGCCUGGGAUGGUAGGAGGGAUGCUGCUGCACUGCAAGUCCCUGAGGCGGUUCGAGCACAGCGGAGGGUGGAUCAAAGCCCUGCUGGAAGAAGCGGAGAACGAGCGAAUGCACCUCAUGACCUUCAUGGAAGUAGCCAAGCCCAAGUGGUACGAGCGUGCCUUAGUUGUCACGGUUCAAGGUGUCUUCUUCAAUGCUUACAUGUUGGGUUAUCUGCUCUCCCCUAAAUUCGCUCAUCGAAUGGUCGGGUACCUUGAGGAGGAAGCAAUCCACUCCUACACUGAGUUCCUCAAGGAGUUGGAUAAAGGGAACAUAGAGAAUGUGCCAGCUCCAGCCAUUGCUAUUGACUAUUGGCAGCUCCCACCUAACUCUACGUUGAGAGAUGUUGUCACGGUUGUUAGGGCAGAUGAGGCACAUCAUCGAGAUGUCAAUCACUUUGCCUCGGACAUACACUAUCAUGGCCACCAACUGAAAGAAUCUCCGGCUCCAAUUGGUUAUCACUAGGGCUGGACAACCGACCCAACCUGCACCGAUUGCCAGAAACCGCCUGACAACAAGUGAUCAUGAUACCUUCUAUUUAAAUUUUUGGGUCAAGUGAUACUAUUAGAGAUCAGAUGGGUAAUACUACUGCAGGUGCUAAAUAAACCUGCGCUUUGUCUACUAUAACUUCAUUGUACACACUAUGGAAAUCGAUUUCUUGGUUUUGAUACUUUUAUUUUUUUUCUUCUUCUAAAAAGUACAGUUUUUACAAAAAAUUUCCACUUCUAAUCUACCAGGGUUUGAUUUGGGUUAGCUAUAUAUAGAUGGUGACAGCCAAAUCCAAUUGCUUUGAGCCUUGGACAAGCAUGGCACAAGAGAAAGGAGGUUUUUAUUUACUUGACAAAAUUUUGUAUUGGGGGUCAUAUCUUGAAGUUUUGUAGACCAUCAACACAUGCACGUAGGAAGGCUACAAAGACUUUAAAACAACGUCUUUGACGUGCUUCACCAUACCAUGCUUAUUGCUUUCAUAAUCUUAAUUUAUUUUACCUUUAUUUACCUAUCAUCCUUCAAAUUUAUUUUAUAUAUUAUUUAUAUUAUAAAGGGUUUUGUUUUUAAUUUUACGAAAAAGGAAAAACUAUAAUUUUUAUAACAGUUUGAAAUGCGGAGAAUAAUGCUCUGUUUCUUGAUAUUAUUGGUGAGUACAGUGCUCUAUAUAAAUACAACUUCAAAUGGACCAAUGGAAUAUUUACAACAAUGUAUGCAUUGUCCAGCGUGCUUUCUAUCUAUCUCAGGCCUUAGAUUGUAAUAAAGCUAGCAAAGUAUACGAAACAUUAUGAGUCAGCUAUUUCUCAUAUCAACAUCAAAUGCACGUGAACCUUUCUGAUAGCAUCUCAAAUCCUUGGCGCAUGUUAAUGGCUUCAUGUACUAGAAGGCUUUGUCUCCUCAACAAGUACUAGAAGGCUUUGUCUUCUCAGCGGUACUAUAAGGCUUUGUCUCCUCAUAGCAAAGGUGACCAUGUUGAUGAGGAUGGAGCAACAGCCAAACAGAAGAACAAGAAGAGCAAAACAUGCAUGUGAUGUCUGGUACAAUAGAGCCUCUGUCUUCUCAACGGCCUCAACAGGUACUAGUAUAAGGCCCUGUCUUCUCAACGUACGGCUUCUAUUAUUAUUUCCCUUCAACGGAAGGCCACUCACGUGAAGGCUGCCUUUCUCUCAAUUUCUCUUAACUUUUUCCCUUUGUUUGAACCUCAAUACUUGAGAUGCCAACGCCAAGGAGCGGACGCCAUCGAUUCUUCAAAGAGAAUCCAACUGUCUAAAUGUAUUGAUUUACCAUGUUAUUAAUUUUUAAAGUGUUGAACUUUUGCACUUGUGUUUUGUAUUAAUAAAAUAAUA